AUGUCAAUGUUUACCAUGUCUCAACAUCAGUAUGCCUAUGCGGCUGCUGCUCCUGCUCCUAGAGCUUACUCGGGCCACGGCACGAGCAGUGCAUUUAGCAGCUCGGCAAACCCAGACGAAGAUUGGACCAAGAUUUCUGACCUUGCUGAACGCCGGAGGAUCCAAAACCGCAUUGCACAACGCAACUACCGCAAGAAGCUUAAGAGACGCCUGGAGGAUCUCGAGAGACGCGCAGGGCAGGAGGGCUCGACUGGCACAAGCGAAAAGCAGACGCAAUCAAAGAGCUCCAAGCGCCAGUCGCAAUCCUCAGCUAAGACACAAAAAAGCCCCGCGCCAACCAAGACCAUGAAUCAGGGCCAGUUCACCCCUCCAAUGCACACAGACGAUGAGCUUCUCUUUGCGCAAUCCUAUGACGACGGCCGUGAAAGAUCCAACACUCCCCCGCUCUUCGCCUAUUCAACUUAUCCUCCUCCCGAAGAGAUGCUCUUGGCCCCUUCCUACACCACCCAGCCAUACCCAAUGACAACCGCCGAGGCCUACCCUGGCUACCUGGCAGCAACAGUGCCGGUGACUCUGCCACCUAUGAACCACUUCAACGAUGCUAUCAAGCGUGAAUCAUACCCUAGUGACGACGGUCUUUCGCCUUAUAUGAACUAUGGCUAUAUCCAUGGUAUCGACAUCAAUGCCACCAGCUCUUACGACCCCUCGAACCCUCAUACUCCUCCGCUCUCACACUCUUUCGACCACUCUGCCAAUUGUUCCGACGCUGGCUACGAGUAUCCAACAACACCUUUGUCCAUGCCCGGAUCACCUGGUUUGAUCCAGCAAUAA